CACGACCUGGGGCUCCCAGAUGCGGUGACGUCAAGAUCGCCUCCUCUUCUACUUUAUGUGAGCUCUCUGCUCGGAAGUUCGGCCUCUUUCCGGUGGGGGACCUGAAACUGACUGGUUGGCAACCAUGAAGCUUAAUAUCUCUUUCCCAGCCACUGGCUGCCAGAAACUUAUUGAAGUUGAUGAUGAGCGCAAACUACGUACCUUUUAUGAAAAGCGCAUGGCAACUGAAGUCUCAGCUGAUCCAUUAGGUGAUGAGUGGAAGGGAUAUGUUGUGCGCAUCAGUGGUGGAAAUGACAAGCAAGGUUUCCCCAUGAAACAGGGUGUGCUCACUCAUGGCCGUGUGCGUCUUCUCUUGAGCAAGGGUCACUCCUGCUACCGCCCCAGGAGAACUGGAGAGCGCAAACGCAAAUCUGUACGUGGCUGCAUUGUGGAUGCCAACCUGAGUGUCCUGAACUUGGUUAUUGUCAGGAAAGGAGAUAAGGACAUUCCUGGCCUAACUGACAAUACUGUUCCCCGCCGUUUGGGUCCAAAAAGGGCCAGCAGAAUUCGCAAGUUGUUCAACCUGUCCAAAGAAGACGAUGUGCGUCAGUAUGUGGUGAGGAAGCCUCUAUCAAAGGAGGGAAAGAAACCCAGAACCAAGGCCCCCAAGAUCCAGCGUCUGGUGACACCAAGAGUUCUGCAGCACAAACGUAGGCGUAUUGCCCUAAAGAAACAGCGCACUCAGAAGAACAAGGAGCAGGCAUCCGAUUAUGCCAAACUUCUAGCUAAAAGGACAAAGGAGGCCAAGGAGAAACGUCAGGAACAGAUUGCUAAGAGGCGUAGACUGUCUUCAUUGAGAGCAUCCACCUCCAAAUCAGAAUCCAGUCAGAAAUAAAUCCUUAUGGUGUAAAAAAAAAUACAAUAAAUUUUGUUGUAAUCCACAA